CCUUCAUGAACUCAAAUAAAUUACAAUGGUUCCAUAUAAUUUCAGGAACAACUUUCUCCGGUUGCUCCUCCAGUCCUGGCAUCACCCCCGUUUUAAGGAAACAAAACGUCUUCCGUUUUAUUGUGCAUUUCCUUUACAUCUGUAGUCUCCGCCACACACACUCACUCACACACACACAAAGAGAACCACAGGGACAUAUCACACAUUGGCGACCUAGGCAGCUGCACCUUUUUCAAUGCCAACCCAAGGCCAGCUGCAACAUCCGAUGGGCUCUUCUUCUUGGUUUUCCAUUUGAUUGCCAUUUAGCAAGAGGCAUUAAUGCGGCUGUCUAAUUAACUUUAUGCGCUUGCGGCAAUAUUCGAGUGAUUAUGCACGGAGGGGGGAUGGAUGGAGAUGGAGCAGAUGCAUGUCGCGUUAUCAUGCUGCCCAGCUGUACCGUUAUCAGCGGCAGACAUGCGCUCUCAUAAGCUUUUGUUCCUUUCGGGGAAAGCUCGCUCCCGCUGAGAGAGCCUUCGGUCGCGCGAAAUAACGGAAGUCCUUGCUGGUGCUGCUGGGGCUUGUUGACUGUCGAAAAUUUUCACUUAACAAUCAGUCAAGUUUAUCGGGCGCCUUAGUUUAGUCGAAGAAAAAUCGCGCGGCGCCAAGCGUGUAACAUCGCCAGGCAGCUGAAGAAGCAGCAGCAGCAGCAGCACCAGUACAGCAGGACACAACGAAAAAGGAUAACUGGCUUUAGAACAAAUUUUCCAGACCGCCCCCCUCCGGACAUCAUAAAUAAAUAAGGCAAAGAAAUGGCUUCGCUUCAUUCAUAAACCAGGCCUUCCAAGAGCUCGCCGAUCAACGAAUAAUUAAACAGAAUCCCAAGGAACCCCCACCCCCCCAAAACAAAGCGAAGGAGCUCCAAAAUACCAGCCCGAAAUUAUGCCGGAGGAAAAGGGCACCAGCUUGGAGAAUGGCGGCCAGGCGGCGGCCAAUUCCACGCCCACAAAAACAAAGCCCCAACAACGCCAGAAGACACCGCCAGCCCGCCGACGGCCCAAUGACAGCGAUGUGGUGGCCGGUGGUGUGGGUAUCACUGGCGGCGGAGUCGUGAUCCUGCCGCAGCAUGUGCUCAACGAACUAUACCACAACUACUCCAUCAAGCAGCGACGCAGCGGCCUCAAGUGGUUCCUGUUUGCGGCCGUGCUAUUCAACAUAUGGACUAUUGUAAUUCCCUGGGAUCAAGCAAUGGCCACAAGAGUGGUAAACUGUUGCAUGCUGCUGGCUUACUUGGCUCUAACGGCUCUGCUCCACAUCGGACGUGGCUCGGAGAAACCAACCUUAAAAAGGCUCCAUGAGAUCCUCCUGACGAUAAUCCCUCGGGCCUUGUGGCUACUUAGCAUUCUACACUUUGUGGCAUAUGUUAUCCUGCAACCAAGUUUCUCGCCUAGAGAUGUCCUUGGCUGGGCUAUUCUUCUCAACUUCCUGGUCUAUGUGACCCUGCCGCUGCCUCUGAUAUUCCUCGGGCUGUCGAUUGGCUGCUGCUCUUAUUUGAUAUGCCUUAGUCUGCCCGUGGCUUACUCUCGCCAGGAUCCAAUGCUCUCCAAUCAGGUGGCGGCCAAUGCUGUCCUUAUAGCCACCGCCGCCCUCAUCGGACUCCUGUACUACUUUAUGGGCGAGGCCAAGCAGAAGCGGGCCUUCCUGGAGGCCAAAAAGAGCCUUGAGGUGAAAAUGGUCAUCGAGGAGCAGUCUGCCGAGCAGGAGCGAUUGCUGCUGUCGGUGCUUCCAAAGCAUGUGGCUAUAAAAAUGCGAGAAGACUUGGGAUCCUCUAGUUCUGAGGCUUUCAAGAAGAUCUAUAUGAGCCGUCACGAGAAUGUGAGCAUACUCUAUGCGGAUAUCGUUGGCUUCACAGCCAUCUCCUCGACAUAUAGCGCCCAAGAUUUGGUUAAAAUGCUUAACGAGCUCUUCGCACGCUUCGAUAGGCUCGCCGAGAAAUAUCAACAAUUGCGCAUCAAGAUUCUUGGCGAUUGCUAUUAUUGCAUUAGUGGUGCCCCCGACGAGCGACCGGAUCACGCCGUCAUGUGCGUGCACAUGGGACUCUCCAUGGUGAAGGCCAUCAAGUAUGUGCAGCAGAAGGCCAACUCACCUGUUGAUAUGCGUGUGGGAAUACACACGGGAGCAGUGCUAGCCGGCAUUCUCGGCCAAAGGCAGUGGCAGUUUGACGUCUACUCCAAGGAUGUCGAGUUGGCUAAUAAAAUGGAAUCGAGCGGCAAGGCUGGACGCGUCCAUAUUUCGGACAAAACACUGGCCUUCCUCAACGGCGAGUUCGAGGUGGAGCCCGCCUUUGGGGAGAAACGGGAGGAGCUGCUACGGAUUGCCGGACUGAAGACCUAUUUCAUCACCAAGGUGGUGAAGCCGUUUGCCUCGCCAUGUGCCAAGAAAAUCAACGAAACUCAAGCGGAAAACCUCCAUAGCAGUCCCAAUGGUUCAACCAACGAAGCCAUAACCGGCGCGGACGACAACGACGGCCUGGACGAUGAGGAGCUUCUGGCCCAGACUGUCGUGUCCAACGGCCAUCAAACACCCGGCGAGGAGGACGAAGAGGAGCAGGUCAAGCUUGAGAACUUUAAGCAACGAUUGAAAGACGAACUCGUGACUCGUGAUGGACAUGAGAACCUCAUCAAGGACACCAAUGUAUUCCUACGCUUUAAGAAUCCCCAGCUGGAGCAGUCGUACGCCGUUUACAGGGAGCCGUACAGUUCCCUGCCGUUGCUGGCCGCUCUCCUGGUCCAGUGCAUUGAUGUUCUCUACUCCUACCUGGUGCUUCCCCGAUCCACGCUCCACUUCAUCAAUAUCGCAGCACCCUUAGUUCCAAUCGCCAUGCUGGUGGUCAUCAGCAUAGCCGAGAGCUUCAGCGGAAUGCUACCCAAGUUCUUCGUCGAUGUGAGCAAGAGAUUCAAUGACAUUACCUUCGUCCGGGAGCUGGCCGCCAUAAUCAUAGCACUUACCAUUGGUCUAAGCAACGUUGUCGACAUGUUCUUCUUCGUCACCUUCGUUCGCACCGAGCACAUUGUGAGCGAAAGCGAAUUCAAUGCCACGGCCGGAAUGGAGGGCGUCGAAGUGGACGUGGAGGAUUCAGGGGUGGUCACAGCCGAGCACCUGCUGCCCGCAUCGUUUGUGGAGCAAAUGCGCGAGGCAGUACCUACAGAACGUGUCCUAUAUCCGUCCUACUUGAGUAAUUUCGGUGUCCUUAUAUUGAUUGCGAUUGCCGUAAUUGCUCAGCUCACGCAUCUUACAAAGAUUUUGUUGCUGCUAUCCAUUGCAGCUCUGCAUUGCUACUUCAAUAUAUUCAUUAUGCAGGACCUGUACUCCUUGGAAGAUGAUUUGUCACACCAACCUCUCAUAUCAACACGUUACUGCACUUCUGGACUCUUAUUGGUGGCUGCUUUGGCGCUCAGCACUUUAGCCAGACAUAUGGAUCACGAAGAUCGUGUGAUUUUUAAGUGGAAGACAGAGGUGGCCGAGCAGAAGGAGACUGCCAACGACAUGCGACAGCGGAAUGAGGCCUUAGUCUACAACGUCCUACCCGUUCAUGUGGCAGAGCACUUCAUGAAGAACACCAAACGCUCCCACGACGACCUCUACUCCCAGAGCUAUGCCGAAGUGGGAGUUCUAUUCGCCAGUAUGCCAAACUUUUCAGACUUUUAUUCGGAGGAGACUGUUAACAAUCAGGGUCUGGAGUGCCUGCGGUUUCUGAAUGAAGUUAUCUCCGAUUUUGACGCCUUGCUGGAGCUCCCUCAGUUCCAGGACAUCAUCAAAAUUAAGACAAUUGGCUCAACCUACAUGGCCGCCAGUGGCAUUAAUCUGCAGCGUAACCUUCGAAACGACGCUCCCAUCAUAGAACGCUGGUCCCACCUGGCCGUCCUGGUGGAGUUUGCCCUGGAACUGAAGCACGCCCUGCAGGGCAUUAACGAGCAGUCGUUCAAUCACUUCGUCCUCAAAAUGGGCAUCAAUCAUGGCCCGAUAACGGCGGGCGUUAUUGGUGCCCGAAAGCCGCACUACGAUAUCUGGGGUAACACCGUCAACGUGGCGUCGCGCAUGGAGAGCACCGGCAAGGCAGGAGCCAUUCAGGUCACCGAGGAGACAUGCAACAUCCUGCAAGAGUUCGGCUACACCUUCCUGCAACGCGGUCUAGUGGCUGUCAAAGGAAAAGGCCAGUUGAUGACCUACUACUUGCAGGGUAAAUCCCAGCCAAAUGCGGAACCUGCUGCGCCGACAUCCGCCAUUGAGCUGCAUGGCCCGGAAUCGACGACUCUGGAAUCCACCACCGAACUGGAGGCCUCCGACAUCAAGACACCGCUGCUGAAGGUGAAGGCGCAGGAAGCGACGGCGGAGAGCGAGGGAAUCGCCCAGGAGUCGAGUCUGGGAAACGGCAGUGCUGGCCAAGUGGGGGAAUCUCAAUCCUUGCUAGAAUAAUUUCCGAAAUUUGCUUCUAAUUAGCUUCUGAGUUACUGUAUGAAUGUAUCUUUGAUUCGGCCAGAGAGAGAGUGGGUGUGUGAGUGAGUGUUGGAUGAGUGUUUGAGUUAGUGGAACGAAAGUUAACUGUUAUACUGUUAUACUUGCUAUAAAAUUUGGGUUUGCCUCAGUAUUCGUGUGAUAUUCUAUGCCCCAAGAAGAAAAAAAAAACCAAAAUUCAAAUUUAGUUAAUCUUACAACAUUUGCUUUCCAAAAGUUUGUAAACUGUGUACCUAAGAUGAAGAAAUAUAUAUUUAACUUUAAAGUAUAUUCGACUACGAUUAAGUAUUUUAAUUAUUGUAAAAUCUGUUUUUGUUUCAAACAAAAUUGUUAUCCUUUUUCCAUGAAACUGUAAUAUAUAAGAGAACCACUUUGCUUUAAUUAAUCGGUGUGUAGUUGAGUAGGACAACUGAAUCAAUCACUUUGCAUCUGAAUGUGUAAAAUAUGAAUAUGCGCAUAAAUUAGAGAAUAUUUAUAAAAAAUAACGCUAAGUCCUGAAGUCCUGAAGAACACGGUUACAUAUAGAACAUCAGUUGAGAAUCCGAAUCCCACCACAAAUAAAUGCAGCCCACAAGCAAGUCCAAAAAAAAGCAAACAAAACUAACUUAUAAAAAGAAAAAUUAGUUAAAUUAAAUAUCGAAAUAUAUUCAAUGCAAUAGAAUGUCAGUCUACAGUCUAAAACUAAAAUAAUUGAAUAUCCUGGGUAUGGUCUAGAAAUAUAUGUACACCUUUAUAUAAAUAUAUUAUAUAGAAUCUAUAGAUGUAAACAAUAUAUAGUCAUAUAUAAACUGCA